UAAUGGCUGCCUGCUAUCGUGACAUCGUGCAGUUCUGUCGGGAUAUCCCAAAAGUUGAGUUACACGCACAUUUGAAUGGGUCUAUUAGUGUGAAGACAAUGAAUAAACUCUAUAAAGACUAUAAUGAAUCUCACAAGCAGAAUCAUUAUAUAGAUAAAUGUAUGGUUGCUAUGACGAAAGGUGAAAACAGAACCAUGGAGGAGUGUUUCCAGAUAUUUGGCAUGAUACAUAAACUAGUAGACAAUAUUGAUGCAGUUGCCAUGGUAAUCAAAGAUGUUAUAGAAGAAUUCAAUGAUGAUGGUGUUUAUUAUUUAGAGUUGAGAAGCACACCAAGAGAUGUACCGACUACAGGUAUGACAAAAAGGCAAUACAUUGACACAGUUCUCCUUGGUAUUCAGCAAUGCCAACAAGCUGGUAUAAACACUAUAGUUAGGGAUGCUUUGAAUGAUAGACAGGAAGGGAUAUGUGGGUGGAACCAGGAUGGUAGUCGAGAAGGGAUAUGUGGGUGGAACCAGGAUGGUAGUCAAAAAGGGAUAUAUGGGGAGAGUGAGGAUGGUAGUCAAGAAGGGAUAUGUGGGGAGAGUGAGGAUGGUAGUCAAGAAGGGAUAUGUGGGGAGAGUCAGGAUGGUAGUCAAGAAGGGAUAUGUGGGGAGAGUCAGGAUGGUAGUCAAGAAGGGAUAUGUGGUGAGAGUGAGGAUGGUAGUCAAAAAGGGAUAUGUGGGGAAAGUGAGGAUGGUAGUCAAGAAGGGAUAUAUGGGGAGAGUGAGGAUGGUAGUCAAGAAGGGAUAUGUGGGGAGAGUGAGGAUGGUAGUCAAGAAGGGAUAUGUGGGGAGAGUCAGGAUGGUAGUCAAGAAGGGAUAUGUGGGGAGAGUCAGGAUGGUAGUCAAAAAGGGAUAUGUGGAGAAAGUGAGGAUGGUAGUCAAGAAGGGAUGUGUGGAGAGAGUCAUGAUGGUAGUCAAGAAGGGAUAUGUGGGGAAAGUGAGGAUGGUAGCCAAGGAGGGAUAUGUGGGGAGAGUGAAGAUGGUAGCCAAGAAAGGAUAUAUUCACAUGUGCUAACUGUUGAUGCAAGUCAUUUGAUAUCAGUGUUAAAGUAUGCAAAAGAUAGAGGUUUAAAAAUAGCUAUACACAUUGCAGAGGUUGCCAGUAUGACAGAUGAUGAGGCUCUUUUACAAAUCUUACCAGACAGAAUUGGACAUGGAACAUGUUUACACCCCGAUUAUGGCGGGUCAGACCACCUUGUUUCAUUGAUGAAAGAAUACCAAAAACCACUAG